AUGGCUGAUUUAUCAGAGGAUCAACUACAUCAUAAAGUCUUAGAAACCCUCCAAAAAGGUGAAGAUCCAAAACCAUUCGUCCUUGAAUGGUGCAAGCCCAAGUGUCUAGAUUACAAAGCUAUGGUCGAAAGAUGUGAAGCAGCUCUAAAAAUCAUCAAAGGAGUCGAUAGUGAGAAAAAAUGCAUUUUCAGAUUCAGACAAUGGGUUGAAUGUGUUGAAAAUUGUGCUCAACCAAAAAUCUUUUACCAUCUAAAAGACGCUCACAAUAGAGGAAAACUUGAUUCAUUCUUUGAUAAAGUUUGGAUGCUUCGUUGGGCUUUACUGCCACUUUAUCCACUUCUCCCAAUCUUAUUAGGCAUGAAGAGAGUGAAUGUGCUUGAAGGACAACCAAUUGAAUAA